AUGGCGGACAAGGUUGCGGCCAAGGCCCAAGAGGAAGAGCAUAUCAUCAAGCCGCAGGCAACGACACCUGCUGCUAACACCAGCGACUGGCCGUUGCUGCUCAAGAACUAUGACAAACUGCUCGUGAGGACCGGGCACUUCACACCCAUUCCCCAUGGCUGCAAGCCUCACAUGAGAGACAUCAAGAGCUACAUCUCUUCUGGUGUCAUCAACCUCGACAAGCCCUCGAACCCCUCGUCCCACGAAGUCGUCGCCUGGGUGAAGCGCAUGCUCCGCGUCGAGAAGACCGGCCACAGCGGUACCCUCGAUCCCAAAGUCACAGGAUGUCUGAUUGUCUGCGUGGACCGCGCCACGCGCCUGGUCAAGUCCCAGCAGGGAGCCGGAAAGGAGUACGUCGCCGUCGUACGAUUCCACGACAAGGUGCCCGGCGGCCAGGCCGAGUUCGCCCGCGCCCUUGAGCUGCUCACCGGCUCGCUCUUCCAGCGCCCUCCCCUGAUCUCUGCUGUCAAGCGCCAGCUGCGUAUCCGAACCAUCUACCAGUCCAAGCUCAUCGAGUUCGACAACGACCGCCACCUCGGUGUCUUCUGGGUUAGCUGCGAGGCCGGCACUUACAUCCGUACGCUCUGUGUGCACCUGGGUCUGCUGCUCGGUGUUGGCGCGCACAUGCAGGAGCUGCGGCGAGUGCGUUCCGGUGCUAUGGACGAGAACAAGGAUCUGGUCACGCUGCACGACGUGCUCGAUGCCCAGUGGCAAUACGACAACAACCGUGACGAGACAUACCUGCGCAAAUGCGGUGAAGCCAUCACCUACGGUGCCAAGCUGAUGUUGCCUGGCCUGCUGCGUUACGAGUCCGAGAUUGAACAGCACGAGGAGGUCGUCCUGAUCACGACCAAGGGCGAGGCCAUUGCCAUUGGUAUCGCCAUGAUGUCCGCCGUCGAGAUGACCACCUGCGACCACGGUGUUGUCGCCAAGGUCAAGCGUUGCAUCAUGGAGCGUGACCUGUACCCCCGUAGAUGGGGUCUCGGCCCUACGGCCGCUGAGAAGAAGAAGCUCAAGGCCGACGGCAAGCUGGACAAGUACGGACGACCCAACGAGGCCACCCCUGCCAAGUGGACGGACUCGUACACCGACUACAGCGCAGCCGGUGCCGAGGCGGCCGCUGCUAAGCCCACAGAGGCCGCUGCUGCCGACCUACCCCAGACCGUGGCGCCCGCUGCUGUUGCCGCUGAGGCUCCCAAGACCCCCAAGACCCCCAAGGACGAGGGCGCUUCCGUGGACAAGAAGAGGAAGAAGCACGACGGCGAGACCCCAGAGGAGAAGGCAGAGCGCAAGCGCAGGAAGGCCGAGAAGAAGGCCAAGAAGGCGUCCAAAGAAGAGGAUGACAGUGAUUAA